AUGUCAGGCGCGUCAUCCGUAGGCGGCGUGGCUGUUCCUCCUUCGGCGAGUUCGGCCGGCGGCGGUGUCGGCGUUAUGGGAUCCCUCCGCGUAAUCGAGCUCCAGCUGGUGGCUUUCAUCAUGGUCUUGUGUGUCAGUGGACUCAUCCCCCUCCUCGACAUGGUUUUCCCCGCCGCCGCCUCCCUCUAUUUCCUGGCCCUGUCCAGGUUCGCCUUUCCCGGGUUCAAUAGUAACAAUAAUAAUCGAAUCAACGACAACAUGGCCGAGAGUACGGGCAGGUUUUUCAGAUUUUACGUGAUUGUGGGGAUGACGGUGGGGCUGUUCCUGCCGCUGGCGUACGUCCUGGGCGGUUUCGCAAGAGGGGACGAGCACGCGGUCAGGUCGGCCGCCCCGCACCUCUUCUUGCUCUCCUUCCAGAUACUCACCGAGAACCUCAUCACGGCUCUCUCCCUCUUCUCGCCCCCGUUGAGGGCCUUAGUCCCCGUGCUCUACACGGUUCGCAGGAUCUUUGUCCUGCUCGAUUGGACUAAAGAUGUUUGGAUGAACAAAACCCUCCCUGCUAAUGCCCCCUUGGACGUGCUUGUGUGGUAUUGGUUUGGAAGGGGUCUUUCGAUGGCGAAUCUGGCGUAUUUUUCGGUCAACUUGUUCUGUUUUCUGAUUCCGCACUUCCUUCCGGCGGCAUUCGAGAGGUAUUUCAAGGAGAGGGAUGAAAUUCACAUGAAGAUGGCCGAGGAUAAGCCUUCGCCAGCCUCAAACAGUACCUCUAUGGACUCGAAUAAAAAGGCGAAUUGA